CAUCGCUGCAUCCAACAACCAAAGGUCAAAUCAUGGUUUUUUAUUCCCAACCCAAGUGCGAACAACUCAAAACAAUGCAUGCAUGCCUUCAACAAGAUGGCAUCGUGCAAACCCCACAAUUGCUAGGUACAACAAAUUAACAUUAAACAUACGGUUCUCACCUGGAGCAAGAAAUCAGAUACUACUAGAGUAGCGCCAUCAAGCCAACUUGUCGUCUCCGCUUGCUGACCUGGCACGACAGUACUCCUGGCCUUGACCAGGACGACACUUGGUCGCGUGCAAGUAUAUGUCCAGCUCGAUUGCAAUGCCAGACAGCGAGAGAAAGGAGAAGUAGAGAGCAAGGUUUGAUACGAUAGGAUGGGGGGGCAAAGUGAUCCAGCAUCCCAUUCUUUGGUGCAUGGGGAGAGAGGAGUAUCCCAUUCUUUGUUGCGUGGAGAGGGACAUAGAGUACUUAGCAAUGGAUAUAUUUAGCAAGCAUGUGUAAAGCAACGUGUGCCUUUGAACGAUUCGUGUCCCAAAGAAGACACCUACGGGCACUCCAUCGCCAUGAUUCCCGGAGCCGACAUCACUAUAUAAUGUAUAGAUAUACAAAAUACAGUAGUAUAUAUCUACUGGGAAGUGGUAUACAUAGUGCGUUCCCCACCCGGAAUCGUGGCGAUGGAGCCGACAGAGGACAUUGAGUUCCUCUGGAAGUGGCGCAAGUACCUGCUGCUGCUCGCCACGCUGGUCGCCAGCGUCACCUACGGCGCCGGCCUCAACCCGCCCGGCGGCGUGUGGUCCAAGGACCACGAUGGAGGCAACACCCCACAGCAGCGCCCCCGCGCCGUCAACCCGCCGGCGCCCCCGUCCCUUGCGGUGUCCCCGGCGCCGGCGGUCUACCCAUUCCGCGUCGGCGAUCCCGUGCUGGUGUCCACCUACUCGGCCCGGUACACCGCCUUCUUCUACUGCAACGCCACAGCCUUCGUGGCGUCGCUGGUCAUCAUCAUGUUCCUGCUGGAUCGGCGCCUCAGCGGCAACCGCGUCGGCCUCACCGUGCUCCGCUCCGCCAUGCUGCUUGACCUGCUGGCUCUCAUGGCCGCCUUCGCUGCCGGGAGCUGCCGCAGCGUGCCUGGGUCCAUCUAUGUCUCCUUGCUCUUCGCCGUCGUCUUCGUCUACGUCGCCAUCCACCUCCGCGUGGCCUCGAGGACGGAAGCGCCGGCCGCGGACGCGGAGGAGAAGAGGCGCCUCAAGGAGCAGCGCAAGUUCCUGCUGCUGCUGGCCACCUUCGCGACGCCGCUGGCGUACGGCGCGGGGCUGGCGCCGCCGGGAGGCUUCUGGAGCGAGACCCAGGAUAUGCACCGCGCCGGCGCUCCGCUGCUGCACGACGGGCCCUACAAGAUCCGCUACCACAUAUUCUUCUACGCCAAUGCCAACUCCUUCGUGGCCUCCCUCGCCAUCAUCAUGCUGCUCAUGAGCAGGACGCUAAGCGACCGUCUCGUCCGGUCCAAAGCUUUGCUUGUGUGCGUCCUGGGGGAACUGCUUGGCCUCAUGAUCGCUUAUGCCGCCGGGAGCUGCAGGUGGAUCCCCACCACCGUGUACAUCGUCUCCCUCGUCGGCGCCGUGGUCAUCUACAUUGUGUUGGUGCCAGCGUUCGGCCUCGACGCGAUCGAAGAAUGGCGUAAGAAACUCGUUGCCUGUGUUGGCCUUGGGCCAAAAGGUGAUGGGCAAGAAGUUGCAGCGAGGACAAUCAACAUCGGUGCUCGGCAAGAAGUUGCAGCGAGGACAAUCAACAUCGAAGAAAAGCUGGAGCAGACGCGGUCGCUUGUGCUGCUGCUGGCCACGCUGGCGGCGACGGUGACGUACCAGGCAGGGCUGAGCCCGCCGGGCGGCGUCUGGCCCGAAGGGCAUCAGAAUCGCAUCGCGGGGAACCCGGUUCUCCACGACAUGCACCUCAAGAGGUACAUGGCCUUCUACCACUGCAACACGGCGGCGUUCGUGGCGUCCGUGGUUGUUAUCAUCAUCGUCCAGAGCAAGGUGCUGAGCACCGUCUGGGGUGCCAUGCUCCUCAAGACUGCCAUGAUACUGGACCUGUUCGGCCUCAUGGGCGCCUAUGUUGCCGGGAGCUGCCGGGAUCCCACCACCACCAUCUUCGUCGCCGCGCUGGCCGUCGCCGUCUUCCUCUACACCAUGGCCAAGGUCGUGGGCAAGCAGAGCUGGCUGGCACGGUGGGUGCAACGCAUGCUUGUAGCGUUGCUCCCCCCUGAGUUGCCCCGGAAAGGAGGAGGAGACGCACCUCAAGCUAUCAACCUCCCCGACGAGCCGUCCCAGCAAGGAGGAGAAGCACCUCAAGAAGCUUUCCAUGUCAUCCACAAUCCUGACGAGUCGUCCCGGCAAGGAGAAGAAGCGGCGCAUGUUCCUGCUGCUGCUGUUGUGCACCUUGGUGGCGAGUCGUUCCGGCAAAGAGGAGAAGAAGCAACUCAAGGAGCGGCACAAGUUCCUCCGCUUGGAUCUGAGCGUAUUCUUGAAGAAAAAAAGCUCGAGAGGAAGCGCAAGUUCUUGCUGCAACUCGCCAUCCUCGCCGCCACCGUCACGUACCAGACAGGGCUGAACCCGCCGGGCGGAUUCUGGACGGAGAGCAAUGGGGAUAAGUUAGUCACCGCCGGCGACCCAAUCCUCCUCGACUACUACGGGGUCAGAUACCAGGUGUUCUUCUACUGCAACGCGGCGGGGUUCAUGGCGUCCGUCACCGUCAUUCUCCUCCUGGUGAACCAGACGUUGUCCAAGCCGGGCAUCCGGACCAAGGCGCUCUACGUAUGCGUCAUGGUCGGGCUACUGGGCCUCAUGGGCGCCUACGCCGCAGGCAGCUGCCGGAAGCUGCGCACCUCCAUCUAUGUCUUUGCACUCGUGGCGGCCGUCGUGGCCUUCCUCAUCCUGGAGAUCCUACUUCAUUGGCUCGGCCGCAGGGGUUGGUCCAAGUGCCUCCCUAAGUGCCUAACGAGGCUGUUUGAGACAUUGUCGACUGGGCCGGGCGGUGGCAGCAAGAACAAGAGCGAUCAGGAGGUGAUCACCACCGUGGAUAAACUAGAGAGCGAGGACUAUGAGAAGCGUAAGUACCUGAUGGUGCUCGGCAUCCUGGCGGCGAGCGUGACGUACCAGGCUGGUCUCGCGCCUCCCGGCGGCACGUGGGGCGACGACGAUACCGCUUCGUCGUCGCCCUUGCCGUCCCCAUCGGCACACCCACCCACCGUCGCCGGCAACCCGAUCCUGCUUGACUUCAAUGCUGCACGGUACCAGGCCUUCUUCUACUGCAACGCAACGUCGUUCGUGGCCUCGGUCGUCGUCAUCUUGAUGCUGCUGCAACGCACCACGAAGAAGCAGCAGCCCGGCGCGCCACUGCGGGCAUUGCAGACCGCUGUGGUCCUGGACCUGCUCGGCCUGCUGGGCGCGUACGCCGCUGGCAGCUGCAGGGACUGGGAGACGUCAUCGUACGUCAUCGCGCUCGUCGCGGCAGUGGUCGUCUUCACCUUGAUCUACGUGUUGUUGUCAUUCAACGUCGUGCGGGCAAAGGCCGAGGAGCUCACGGUGUGGAAAUACUUUUCACAAAAGGGGUUGAACUACUCGGGAGCACGCAAUGAUCAUGAUCAGCCAGCCGGAAAUGGUGUGUAAUUAAUUAAUUAUUUCUUCUUAUUCCAUAAAAAACUAGUUAAUUAUUCUUGUUUACAUUCCCUUGAUUUGAAGUUUAUUUUUUCCGAGCAUUCCCUUGAUUUGCAGUGCUGUUGAUCGGACAACUCAUGUAAGAUUAUUUUAUUUUAUUUUAUUUUUUGCUGGGAAACUUGUUUCUGGUUUUGAUGUACACAAUAUAUGAACUACGUGUAUAUUUUCAUUCAUGGAAAAACAAACUACCUGUGUACAUUUGUACAUUUUGAUUAA